AUGUCCUGUCCCGAGUGCAUCACCGGCUCGCUGCACACCGGCACCCCCGUGGGCAGCGAGACGAAGGUCGGCGGGGUCAGCGCGUAUGUCACCGGCGACGAAAACGCCUCGCGCAUCAUCGUCAUCGGCGCAGACGUCUACGGGUGGACGUUCGCAAACACGCGGCUCCUCGCGGACGAGUACGCCGCGCGCGGCUUCCGCGUCGUCGUGCCCGACUUCUUCAGCGGCUGGAGCGUGCCACUCUGGAGCCUCGACGCCGUCGCGCCCGACCCGCUGCCCAAGUCGCUCUUCACGCGUUUCGUGCUCGCGCCCGCCGCGCUUUUCCUCCUCGUCCCCUUAAUCCUCCGCAACCUCCCGCACCAGGUCGCGACGCUCACCAAGAUCACUGCCGCUGUCCGCGCGGCGCACCCAAAGGCCGCGGUGGGCUACGUCGGCUUCUGCUGGGGCGGGCGCUUCGCGAUCUCGCAGAACGCGCUGUUCGACGCGAGCGUCGCCGCGCACCCGUCGCUCGUGAAGUUCCCGGCGGAGCUGGACGGGAUCAAGGGCCCAUUCAGCCUCGCGGUAGCUGCGACGGACAGGGGAUUUGAUAGGGCCAAGGCGGAGAAGACAGAGAAGAUCUUGCAGGAGCGCGGGCUGAAGGAUGUGGAAGUGGUGGUGUACGAUGGGGUGCACCACGGGUGGACGACGCGCGCGAACUUGGCGGACGAGGUGCAGAAGAAGGCGAGGAACGAUGCGGUAGAGCAGGUUGUGGGUUGGUUCGAGAAGUACUUGAAGCCCCUUGAGGACAAGUCUGUGCAGGCAUCUGCGCGGAGUAUACCCUCCUGUAAUGAUCUCCUCUUACCCUAG